AUGAUCCCUUCUAUAUUGCUACCUAAGCCCUAUGUCUCUUUCACUCCUUUGAUCUAUCUCAUUUCUUCUCUAUUCAGGCCUGAUCCUUCCCUUUGGAAAUCGCUCCUCUUCCGCGCGCACCAUCAAUCGACACCAAACGCACUCGUGGCUUUCGUAGCUUCUCAGUCUUGGGAUUGCUCGUCGUCGUCUAGCCCGCGCCUAUCGGGUACUAACGGGCUCGAUUCUCGACACCGCGCCACCCUGAUUCGACUUGCUCUGGGCCAUCAAGUCGACCGACCCGACACGCAAUUCCCACUCUCCUCUUACCACCGACUACCACGAUGUCGCGCUCAACCCGCGCAUCUCGGUGCUAUGGUCGUCGUCAGUGGCUUCAACGUCGGCUACCUGUCUCCACCUCGAACGACUGGGAAAGAGGGUCAUACUGACGCGAUCCUCGGCCCUUUCCCGGGACAUUCCGACAGCACGCGACGGCGCGAGGGGUUCCUGAGCCAUACUGCGGAGGCCGAAGGACCCCCAUAUUGCACGACAGCUGUAGGGGGACAGACGACUUUCCCUCGCGACCCUUUGAUAGCCGGAGGCAGGACCGCACUCCAUCGGGCGAAAGAUGCGAUGAGGGUGGUCUACCCUCGGUCCAGAGGCGCCGCACCGCUCUCGGCUGCCGGGGGCAUGCGCGCACUUCCUGGGAUGAGAUAUGCGAUAGGGGAGGGGUCUCCUCCAUCUGUCGUAGGGAAGGAACUCGCAGGAGGGGGUGGAAAUAUGGCGAUACUGGGCCGCCGGAGGCAUGCGUGGGGCCCCCUCGAUUUUGGGCGGGUUUUCGACGGACUCAAGCCGUCGAAGGCACGCGAGGGGUUGCUAAGCGAGGGAUGCGACGAGGACGACUUUUCGACGAAGCUGAGCCGCUGGAGGCGCGCGAAGGGGGGUAGCCAGAUAGAGCCGCCGGAGGCGAGCGCGGGGCCCCUCGGACUUCAAACGAUUUCUCGAGGAUGUCGAACCGCCGGAGGCACGCGCGCGCUCCCUCAGGCGAAAGGCGCGACGAGGAAUUUCCAACGAAUUUUCGAUGAGGCCGAGCCGCCGGAGGCGCGCGAGGGACGUCCUCUCGACGGGCUCAAGCCGGAGGCGUGCUUGGGGACCCGAGGGGUGAGGAAGAUGACAAGGCGUUCUCGUGUCGCUAGUGAUACGCGCGUGCCGUUCGCACUCGUAAUGAGACUGGGAUAA